AUGAACGCUUACAUUGGGGUGCUUGUACUGUUGGUCGAGUGUAAAGGUGAGAUUUGAUGAUUUUUCUGGGAAAUUUUGGCAAAAAAUUAAUCCAAAUAGUAACUUUUUUUUACUGUUUGGAUAAUUUUUAAUUUUAUUUUAGGGUUCCAAUUAAAAUUUUAGCUCUACUAUACUGGUCGACAAAAUUUUCUUUCCACCUCGUAUCUCGGGAACCGCUGGGCCUAGAACCUCCAAAUUCGGCAUAGAAACAGAUAUGGGACAAUCUAACACCAUACCCAAAAAAAUCAUAUCAUUUGAUGCACUUUCAGACUUUGGCUUUUAAUUUACAAACGUUUUUCCAAAGUGGAAAGAAAAUUUUGUCACCUCUUUUUUCGCCGGUUGCAUAAAAAGUGCACUGAAAGUGCAUCAAAUGAUACGAUUUUUUGGGUAUGGUGUUAGAUUGUCCCAUGAUGUUUCUACGCAGAAUUUGGAAGUUCUAGGCCCAGCGGUUCCCGAGAUCGAGGUAGAAAGGAAAUUUUGUUGACCAGUAUACAUCUAGCCUCAGGCUAUUUAGGACAUAUACUAUCUAUGUGAAUAUACACAUCUCAUACUACCUAUUUGAAUAUACACAUCUCAAAAUACCGCCUUCUAACACCAAUAAUUUUUCAGUCUACGUUUCUGCCGGUGAAUCCGGCUACCCACCAGUCCUCCCUUCUCGAACCGCCAUUGAGGAUAUGGGGUUUCGAUUGAUGGAUUCACUCUUAAAACUCGGCCGAAACGAAUUGGCCAAGUCCGUGCAAAAACAGCAGAUGGAACGGCUGGAAAAAGGGCUUCAGGACCGAGAGAAGCUUAUGAAAAGUGAUCAAGUGGACUUGGUGGGAAAGUCUGGCCACAAAAUCGUCGAGAUUUUGAGAGAAAACGGAAUUUCGGUGGUCGAUUUCUUCAGAAAAAUGCAAAAAGUCGAUUUCAACAAAGACUUUGGUGGGAAAAAUGAAGUGAGUAGGAAUUCUAAACAUUCGUUCUUUCUUUGAAGACUAAGAAUCUACAUUUGCAGCAAGAUUUCCUUACAAUAGCGCCUUAGAUGAAAUCAAAAUGAUAUCUUUACCUAGUGCAAGAUAAUUUUUUUAUGUAGCCCACAAAUUUAGCUUCAAUUUUUGUUCUCUGAGGCCUUGAGACAUGUAAAAAGUGUAUUUACAGGACGCUAAAUCAUUACUUGACCGACUACGCCUCGAAAUUCUGCCAAACGUGGUCUCAAACGUAAUCCAUGGCCGGGAAAUGGAUGACGGGGAAAUCGUAGAGCCUCAGCUUCAUCCUGUUACGGAUGUAAGUUCCAUUACAAUCCCUUUCCAGUUCUCAGGCUUCUAUUUUGCAUUUUUCAUCGACUUUGCACCCAGUUUCAUCCAAAAUCCUUAAUUUCAGCAACAACAGCACCAUUUCAUCGACCAAGAACAACAAGUUCUCGACAAAAUCCGUGUCCCGGAGUUCCAAUCCGUCCCGGAAUUGCGGUUUAUGACUCCCGCAACAACUCAGAUCCCCAUUCCAUCGAUGGAAUCGCUGUUUCCAUCAACCACUUUAGCUCCAAUCCUUUCGAUUCGGAAUUCAUUUCCAAAUUUGGAAGAGCUGAACCAGUUUAUGAGCCAAUUUCCGGCGAAUCCAUUAACGAACACUCCAAAUCCAUCGAUGAAUUCGGACAACCCGUCAAUGAGUCGAGUUUCCACCACCAAUUUCAAUGUCGCCCCAACACCCGAGGGUCUAAGAUACGACUUUACUCCAAAUCCACUGAUGAAUCCGAUGGCGCAACGGCCAACUUUCGCGAUUCCAUCGAGUAACGUAUUAAUUCCGUCGGCGGAAAGACCGAGAAUGAUCGGAAUUGAGAGAGAAUAUCAGCGGAUCGUCGGGUCAGAUCAAGAUUUGCUGAUGAAAUCGUCGAUGAAACGGCCGUUUCCAUCGACGGAACGACCGCCAAAGUCAAUUGCCUUGAGGACAAAAGACGAAUCAAACGAUAUUCGAUCCUUUUCAUAUGCAGAUUUGCUGCUGAAAGAGAUGGAACCAUUGCUGAAUCGGAAAAACGUCGACGAAUCGGAGGACAAGCGGCCAAAAAUCGAGGAUUCGGCCGAAAAACAGAGGAGAAUCGACGCAAUAUUAGAAAGUAACCGAAAUCGGGAGAGUUCAACGAUAAUUCCAAAGACCGUGGAGCUCAAAUGGAUCGAGAAUCGGAUGGAGGAAGCAGAACAAGAAACUUCGACGACCAAAUUAGUUGAUGUAAAGCCAAUUCCCGAGGACACCGCCAAGUAUCAUCGACUGAAAAUCAAAAAACAUCAACUCAAGGACAUCGAGGGACACAAACGACUCGGCUGGGAGAUCAACAACGACCCGGAUUACGCGGAAUACGAGGUCCGACAUCAGAGUUUGACCAAUUCUGGGUCCUCAACCGCAAAUAAACGAAGGUUUUUGUAG